GCCCCGCAGCGGGAGAUGCCCCAGCCUGGGGGAUCCUACCCCAACGCCUCGCGCCCGGCCCGGCCCGGCCCCGCCCUCCCGGCCGCGCGGCUCCCCCCACGCCGGGCCCGGGGGCGGGGCCGGGCCGGGCCGGGCCGGGACAAGCAGCCCGGCCUGGAUGGGCCCCGCAGCCCGGCUCCCGGCGGCGGCAGCAUGGCGCUUGAUCUAGAAGAUGGAGAAGACAGAUUUCAACACAGUGCUAAUUCCCUGUACAAACCAGCAUCUCCUCAAGAAGAGGAGCCUUUGCUGGAAGAGCUGCCGGGGAACAGAUACAGUAGGCCAAAGCCUAGUGAUCGCUUCAACAUUGCCUACAUUAUUUUCUUCAUCCUGGGCACUGGCUCUCUGCUGCCUUGGAACUUUUUCAUCACGGCAAAACAGUACUGGAUGUACAAACUGCAGAACUGCUCGGCUCAGGCCGCAGAGGGGCAGGGAAUCUCUGAUCUCCGUGACUUUUUUGAAAGUUACAUUUCCAUUGCUUCGACUGUGCCUUCGGUACUUUGCCUGAUUGGAAACUUCCUGCUAGUCAACAGGGUGUCUGCUACUGUCCGCAUUCUUUCUUCUUUGGCUGUCAUGCUGAGUGUAUUUUUGGUGAUCACCGUGCUGGUAAAAGUGGACACUUCUACCUGGACAGAGUUUUUUUUUGUCAUAACCAUAAUUUGUGUGGUUAUCAUCAGCGCUGCCUCAACCAUCUUCACGAGCAGCCUCUUUGGCCUGAGUGGUUGCUUCCCCAUGAAGAAUUCGCAGGCCUUGAUAUCAGGCCAGGCCAUGGGAGGGACAAUCUGUGCUGUGGCAUCAAUAGUGGACCUGGCAGCUGCAGCUGAUGUUACAGACAGUGCCUUGGUCUUCUUUGUGACAGCAGAUGUCUUUAUCUUAGUCUGCAUUUUGAUGUACUUGAUUCUUCCUACAUUAGAAUACUCCAGAUACUACAUGACAGUCCAGAAGGAUAGCACAUACUCACCUAGUAUAUUUCCCAACAACUCUUUAGGGGAAGAGAAUGAGUCCCAAAGUAUCAACAGCUCGUUUCCAACAAAAAGAGCCAGAGACAAAAACAGCCCUCCUUUGCGUCUCAUCCUGAAGAAGACUGCUGUCCUGGGAUUCUGUCUCUUCUAUGUUUUUUUCAUCUCUAUCAUCAUAUUCCCUUCUGUCUCCUCUAACAUAGAGUCUGUCAAUAAGGACUCAGGGAGCUUGUGGACAAAUAAGUACUUCAUACCUCUUACCAGUUUCCUUUUGUAUAAUUUUGCUGACUGGUGUGGACGACAAAUCACUGCCUGGAUCCAGGCCCCUGGCCCAAAGAGCAAAUUGCUGCCUAUUCUGGUUUUCCUGAGGACCUUCUUACUCCCCCUAUUCAUACUAUGCAACUAUCAGCCUCGGACACAUUUCAAAACAGUGUUCUUUAAGACUGAUGUCUACCCAACUGUCUUCAUUACACUUUUAGGACUCAGCAAUGGUUACCUAGGUACUUUAGCUAUCAUUUAUGGCCCAAAGAUCAUGCCAAAAGAGUUGGCAGAGGCAACAGGUGUGGUGAUGACAUUUUACCUAAUGUUAGGGUUGGCAAUGGGAUCUGCCUUCUCAGUUCUUGUUGUCCAUCUCAUAUAAAAGAGUAGUGGCAGGAUGAACAGUCCCCAUUCUCUUUGUGUAGUUGUCUUUGGAAAUUUCUGAAGGGCAGAAUAUAGCUGUUUGACAAACCCUACGUGCCUCAAGAAGGCAGGCACUCUGGCAAGUGUUAAAGAAAAGCCUUUUAAAAGAGGCCAGCUACACAAGGCUUUGGAACUCAGUUGCUGCAUUUCCAUUUGCAGUGGGCUGGUGGGGUCCUGCUGCUCUGUUUGUGUGCACACUUUUAAUGGUUGUCUUUUUGUAUCUAGGUAGUAGCAGAGAGAGUACCAAAUUCUGAUUAAUCUCUUAGAAAUCUGGGAUUCUAAAUAUUUCUGCAAAUCAUCCUGUUGGUAGAAUUAAAGCAGCCAUUAUUUUAGUGAGAUGCUUUGAAGGAGUAGUUAAUAAACUGCAUUUCCCAGAACGGUGCCAAAAUUAUUGAGGAUGCACAAGCAGGGAAGUAAAUAAAUAGCCCAUGUUGAAUUCAGGCAACUAAAAACUGAGGACAAGUAUUAAUAUUUGCUCCUGUAACAAAGGUUGGUACUACCUGAGGAAAGAGUUAUUUUCAGGCUCCUACGAGAAGACUGCACAGUGAAAAGUCAUAAAAUAUGGACAGUAUUCCUUUAAGCAGAUAUACCAGAUUAGUAAAUUAUAUGACUGAGGGCCAAUGGAUUUCUUAUAUCAGAAGUGUAAAAGUGUGAGCCUGCUGUAUGAACUAGAUUAAAGAACUGGGGCUGGGAGGACAGAGAGGGGAAUUCUCAUGCCUAUUGUAUAUAAUGACCUAAUGCUAUUCAAUCACUGUGUUGAGGGCAUAAACCCCAUUUCCUCUCAGCCUGCAUUGCUGAAAUUACAGGAGUGAGCUUAGAAUGAUGUUAAUAUGUUUUUUUUUUGUCAUCAGCUGACAGCAGCUAAUAACUACUGAUUCAGGUGCUGGACUCUUAGCCUCUUGAAGGUAACCUCUGUAGUACUGCACUUUGAACGCCUGUGUUGGGAUUUAUAGACUCAAGGCUUCCAGCAUAUGUCUCAGCACUUUUCUGAUGGGCUUUUAAACUAAGAUGAUGGCAUAGUAGAAGAGAUGGUUAUAGGGAGUGAGUUGUGUAUAACCUCUGGUGUUUCUUGGGGUCAAAUAGGAAUGACCACUCAGCCACCCUGCCCCAGUUUUACUGAGGGUGUUUCCCACUGCUUGACAAACAGCAGAUUCAGGCCACCAAGCAGAGAGAUGGAGAACCAGCUGCUGUCCCCAGGGAAUCUAUGAAGUUAGGACUCGAGGUUCAGGUCUAGUCAGGUGGAACAGGUGAAAUCUAUCUAAUUUAAGAAGCUCCUAAAAAGAGGUGGCUUCCUAGGAUGGAGAAGGACAGAAAGCAUAUGCAGGGAUUCUAGGCUCAAAAAGGACCCUGGUAUGUACUCUCUUUGACAUGGAUCUGGGCAAGGUGGCACCAGGUACACUAACAGAGCCUACUGCCUCUCUCUGACAUGGGUCUGUCAUAGACCAUUACUGUUUCUGAGUGUCUAGACACUAAGUUGCCAAUAAUGCUGGAGCUGAAGUAAUCAUUUUAACUAAAGUCCUGUGAUUUGUGAGAGAGCUUCCAAAGUAGGUGCAGGAAGUUAGCUCGGAUGCCAUAUAUGAUGCAGUGAAGGCUUCCUCUCCUUGAGUUAGGUAGACACGUAAUAAAGCUAUGUUGUUUCCACUAACAAUUGUACCUCUUUUCAUACAACCUCUGAACUAGAGGUUAGAUGUUAUACUUUGAAGCCAGUAAUCCACAGAGCUAUGAUAGCUAAUACUUUUCAAAAGCUUCAGUAAACCCUGUAAUAUCCUAUCAAAAAACUUAAAAGGAAAGUUUUGGAGGACUUUUUUUUAAGUGACCUUAUGCUAUAGUACCUCAACAUCAGAAUGUUUCCAUGUGGACAAUUUCUCCUGUACAAUGUAUAUAAAACUGAUUUGUUGUAGAAUUACAUACACAUCCAAAAUCAAGUCUAAUAAACAACUUUUAAUAUUC